UGUGGCAUGAUCACCAUUAAUUGAUAACGUGAUUAUUUCUUGGGUUUCGGCUCAUUUUUAAAUUACCGUGUUUAUUAGAUUAAAAUCCUUCACAAUUAAGGUUGAUUAUUUUAUACUGAUUUGUAAUCCUAUAAAUAAUUUACAGUUGUCAUUAAAUUACUAUGGAAGAGCCACCAGUAAAAACAGCUAAGCAGUUGGAAAAGGAAGCAAAAAAAUUAGCUAAAUUGGAAAAGUUUAAACAAAAAGUAGAUCAAAAACAAAAAGCACCAAAAGAAGAAAAAAAAGAAAAAAAGGAACCAAUAAAAAAAGAAAAAGGAGUAACAUUAUAUGAACAUGAUACUAAACCAGGAGACAAAAAAGAUAUUGCAUGUCCAAUGCCUGAUUCGUAUAGUCCUAGAUACGUUGAAGCAGCAUGGUACAGCUGGUGGGAAAAAGAAGGAUUUUUUAAACCAGAAUAUGGGAAAAACCUACAAGAAGACAACCCAAACGGAAAAUUUAUUAUGAUUAUUCCACCUCCUAAUGUAACUGGAUCAUUACAUUUAGGACAUGCUCUCACUAAUGCAGUAGAAGAUGCAAUUACUCGUUGGAAUCGAAUGAAUGGAAAAACCACACUAUGGAAUCCUGGAUGUGACCAUGCUGGAAUUGCAACUCAGGUAGUUGUUGAAAAAAAAUUAUGGCGUGAAGAAAAAAAAACUAGACAUGAUAUUGGACGUGAAAAAUUUAUUGAAAAAAUUUGGGAUUGGAAAAAAGAGAAAGGUGAUCGUAUAUAUUUGCAGCUGAAGUUGUUAGGGUCCUCAUUGGACUGGGAUCGUGCUUGUUUCACUAUGGAUCCAAAGCUUAGUCGAGCAGUAACAGAAGCUUUUAUACGUUUACAUGAAAGUGGUGAUAUAUAUAGAAGCAAUCGCUUAGUAAAUUGGUCAUGUGCUUUAAAGAGUGCAAUUUCUGAUAUUGAGGUAGACAAAAUUGAACUACCUGGUCGAACUUUCUUAUCUAUACCCGGUUAUGCAGAAAAAGUUGAAUUUGGUGUUUUGGUAUCUUUUGCUUAUGAAGUUAUUGGAAAAGGUGAAAAAAUUAUUGUUGCUACAACUAGGAUUGAAACAAUGUUGGGAGAUACAGCUGUAGCUGUUCAUCCAUCUGAUUCUAGGUACAAACAUUUACAUGGCAAAUUUGUGCAACAUCCAUUUUGUGACAGGAAGUUGCCUAUAGUUUGUGAUGAUUUUGUUGAAAAAGAUUUUGGAACUGGUGCUGUAAAAAUAACUCCUGCUCAUGAUCUAAACGACUAUGAAGUAGGUAAACGCUUGAAUCUACCAUUUUUAACAAUAUUCAAUGAUGAUGGUGUAAUCAUUGGUGAUUGUAAGCAGUUUAAUGGAUUGAAAAGAUUUGAAGCUCGUAAAGUUAUUUUAGAGGCAUUGAAACAAAGGAAUCUUUAUUGCGAAACAGUUGACAAUCCAAUGGUUGUACCUAUAUGUAGUCGAUCUAAAGAUGUUGUAGAACCACUCAUUAAACCACAAUGGUAUAUUCGUUGUGACCAAAUGGCUAAACAAGCAUCCGAAGCUGUCACAAAUGGUCAACUUAAAAUUGUACCAUCUCAACACAAUAAGACUUGGUUUCAUUGGAUGGAAAACAUUAGGGAUUGGUGUAUAUCAAGACAACUUUGGUGGGGUCAUCGAAUCCCUGCAUAUUUUGUUACUUUUACUGAUCAACCUCAAAAUUCACUUAAUGAAGAUGAUUGCUGGGUGAGUGCAUAUUCUGAAGAAGAAGCCUUACAAAAAGCAAUCAGCAAAUUUAAUGUUCCAAAAGAAAAGAUUACACUUAAACAAGAUGAAGAUGUCUUAGACACUUGGUUUUCAUCAGCUCUUUUUCCCUUCUCUAUAUUUGGAUGGCCCGAUCAAACUAAUGAUUUAAAGUUGUUUUUCCCUGGAACUCUACUAGAAACUGGUUAUGAUAUUUUAUUCUUUUGGGUAGCUCGAAUGGUUUUUUUUUCUCAGCGCUUACUGGGUUGUUUACCAUUUAAGACAAUAUUUUUGCAUUCUAUUGUACGUGAUGCUCAUGGUCGUAAAAUGAGUAAAUCAUUGGGUAAUGUUGUUGAUCCAAUAGAUGUUAUUAAAGGUAUAUCUUUGGAGCAUUUAAAUAAGCAACUCUUAGAUAGUAAUUUGGAUAUGAAAGAAAUAGAAAAAGCUAAAGCUGGACAGAAACAAGAUUAUCCUAAUGGAAUUCCAGAAUGCGGAACAGAUGCAUUACGUUUCGCUUUAUGCUCGUACAUGUCUCAAGGACAUGAUAUAAAUUUGAGUAUUCUUCGAGUGCAAGGUUAUCGUUUUUUCUGCAAUAAACUUUGGAAUGCCAUAAAGUUUGCACUUAUGUAUUUUAAAAAAGAAUUUGUACCAUCUCCAUUAUCACAAAACAAAAACUUGGAUAACAUGGAUACUUGGAUUUUAAGCCGCUUAGCGCUAGCUGUAGAACUAUGUAAUACAUCAUUUGAAAACUAUGAACUUAAUGGUGCUACAACCGCGUGCUAUAACUUUUGGUUAUAUGAUUUAUGUGAUGUUUACUUAGAAUCACUUAAACCAGUAUUUGCAUCUAAUAAUGAGAGUAAAACUCAAAUUGCUCAAAAUGUUUUAUUUAAUUGUUUGGACACUGGUUUGCGAUUAUUAUCUCCAUUUAUGCCAUUUAUUACUGAGGAACUUUACCAAAGAUUACCACAUUUUGAUACUACUAAAUAUCCAAGUAUAUGUGUUGCUCCAUAUCCCUUACCUAUAAAAUAUUCUUGGCGAAAUUUAGAAAUUGAAAAUGAGGUUGAAUUUAUUCAAAAAAUUGUACAUAGUAUUCGUUCGGCUUUAUCAGAUUAUAAUGUUCCUAAGAGUUCCAAAACUGAAACAUAUAUUAUGUGUACUGAACAAAGAACAUUAGAAACUGUUGCAAAGUUUAAAUCAGAGAUAGCUACAUUUGCCAAUUGCAGUAAAGUGGAACUUGCAGAUACUUCUUCUAUGCCGACUGGAUGUGCUAUUCUAUCUGUAUCUGAUAAAUGCCAAGUACAUCUUUUACUGAAGGGCUUAAUUGAUACUAUUAAAGAAGUGGAAAAAUUAAAAAAAAAAAGCGAUUCCUUAACUCUAACCGUGCAAAAACUAAAUAAGGCAAUGAGUGUUGCAGACUAUGAAACAAAAGUUCCUGAAGAUAUUAAAAAUGCAAAUAAAGAAAAACUUAGGCAGUCGCAAGAUGAAUUGGAUAGACUUGUUGAAGCGAUUGAAGUACUAAAAAUAAUGGAUGCUUAAUAAUAGAUAUCAGAUAAAGCCAUUUUUCUACUUCUUAUUUUUUCUAUGCCUCUUAGGUUAAUGGUUUUAUUUCAUAUAUUUAAAUAUAUUUUUUAUUGGCUUAAAUAAAUAAAUGAUUGCAAUUUUCAUUGAA